UCAUUGUCAUGUAAAUGUAAGAUGUCAUAUUUCCGGGGGUUUAUUUUUGUCUAAUAAUUAUUUAUAAAAUAAAAUGAGAGUCCAUAAGAAUACAGUAGAAUAUUAAAAUAUAAAAGUUAUUUUUUGCUCAUAUAUUUAAGUCAUAUAAGGAACGAUAACCUAUUGGUAUUUCCACAAAAUACAGAUAAGUGAUUAGGUAUAAAGUAAGGUGUAACUUAUAAGACAUUUAAAAUAAAUAUAUUAAUUUGUCUAACAUAAUGGAUGAAGAAUUGGGUGAACUUACAGAAAAUGAUUUCAUUAUUCCACCAAUAAAAUAUGAGUAUUUGGAUCACACUGCUGAUGUUCAGCUACAUGCAUGGGGAGAAAGCCUUAAAGAAGCUUUUGAACAAUGUGGUAUGGCAAUGUUUGCGUACAUGACAGAGAUGGACUAUGUUCAAAUAAGAGAAGUGCACACUGUAGAAGCAAACGCUGAUGACAUGAUGGGACUUCUCUAUCAUUUCCUAGAUGAACUGCUUUUUCUCUUCUCAGCAGAACCAUUCCUCAUUUGCAAGAAGUUAGUCAUAACAGAAUUCAAUACAGAAGAAUUCCGGAUAGUAUGUAAAUGCUAUGGUGAAGAAUUUAGUAUUGGCACACACCCACAAGGGACUGAAGUCAAAGCAAUUACAUAUUCAGCAAUGCAAAUUAUUGAUGAACCGAAAGAUCAUAAAUUUGAGGUUUUUGUUAUUAUUGAUAUUUGAUAUGAUCAUAAUAUAAUAUUUUUAUGUAAUGUUUAAUA